AUGGCUCGCAGCCGCAGCAGGAGCAGAGAGCGCCGCCGACGUUCACGUUCGGGAGACAGGAAGCCGCGUGAUAGAAGUCGUGAUAGGGAUGACCGAAAUGGAAAGCGGAGACACAGUAAGGAGCGGAGAAGCAGAAGCAGGAGUCCAUAUGAGCGACGUCGUAGUCGAAGCAGAGAUCGGCGAGGUCGAGAUGACAGGCGUCGGCGGGAUGACAGAGAAAAGCAAAAGCAAGAACCGAUUUCCCUUGAUCAGCUAGUUAAUUGCGAACAGGAUAUUUCUGCACUGAUGGGCUUCACAGGAUUCAAUACUACGAAAAACAAAAAGGUACACGUCAAUUACGAUGGUGCUGUCAAAAUCAAUAAACCUCGUCGUUACCGUCAAUACAUGAACAGAAAAGGUGGAUUCAAUCGGCCACUGGACUAUAUUGCGUGA